AUGGCCAUCUUUGAUCUUUUAGGGAUGCUCCUUACGUUUUUGGAAGAUGAACAAAACAGAAGGAUUGCCAUGAUCCCAUUCGGCUUAUUAAUAUAUUACUUUACUCGCACAAAAGCAAAAUUAAUAAAUGCAGGUAUUAUUGUUACAAUAAUUCAUAGUAUAUCAACAAACAAACCACCUCUAAUACUUAUCAAAUCAUUACUCCUCAUGAUUUUGUCUCAAUCGCAAGUUAAUUAUCGUCCACACCGUUUAGAUUCGUCAACCUUUUACUUUGAAAUCAAAAGAUACGUAAUUAUCAUACCAGCUAUUCUUUUCACGCAUUUUGUUUAUACUCCGAACACUCCAUUCGAUAUCAAAGCGUUUGCCCUGAUUAUUAUCCAUUUUCUGAACUUAAAUGCCUGCUAUUUUGGCAAAGUUAGUAUGGGUAUCAUCCUUUCAGUUGUCGAUAUAUAUCUUUUGCCAAGAGAUAUCUACAGAGUUAUUGUUUACUCGCAAAAGCUGAUGUACGAAAAUGGUUUACAGGUUAGUGAAUCUCUGUUUAAACUGACUGUCAAAGAUAUUACAAAAGCCGAAGUUGAAUUAAAACCAAGAUGCGCCAGAUGCGGCCGUCCUGUUGACCUUGGCUCGUGCGUAACAACGUGUGGUCAUUACUUACAUAGAAAAUGCUUAAAUGGCGUUGAUAGAUGUCCAAUGUGCGGAACAAAACCACUUUUCUUACCAAAGGAGAAAUACGUCACAGCAUUCGAAGACCUUCAGAGAGAAAUUCUCAUGUUAUAG